CGCACUUCGUCCCCCGAGCUUCUAGGCCUCACUACUUCCGACUACGACAUCUCGACUCCUGAACUUUUCGAACGAUCCGGUUCUUCGCCCGAACCCGAGGAUCCCAUCCGAGCUACUUCGAAUCUUGUACUUCCGACUCCGUCUUCGUUUCGCGCCCACGCUCAGCCGCCCAUUGCAUCCUCUUCGCGGCUCUCAGUCAUACCUACAUCCGAACUGGCACCUCCGCCACCAUUAGCACCUUCGAACGCAGCUUCGAACUCCAACCCCGCACUGCCCGCACCUACGAUUCCUUCGACUACCACCGCAUCCUCUUCGAGCCCAGCUCCUACCAACACUACGAACAUGAGUCAGAACACGAACACCCCGUUGAUGCCCCCGCGCGGUCAUUCGACAGCACCAAGCUUCGACCCAUCAGAAGUCCAUUCGCUUCGGCGUUACUUCCAGGACCUCGAAGCGUUGUUCACCCGGUGUCAGAUUACCGACGAAGCAGCCAAGAAACAGUGGGCCGUCCGGUACCCUUCGAUCGACGUCGCCGACUUGUGGGAAACCAUCGAGUCCUUCAUCGACGUAGCCAAGAGCUACAACGACUGGAAAGCCGACGUACGAGCACUCUAUCCUGGCGCCGACGAUACAAGAAAGUGGUCGCUGGCGGACAUGGAUCAGCUCAUCGGAGAGCGCGCUCGUAUCGGGAUUCACAAUGCGGCAGACCUAGGCUGCUACUACCGCGACUUCAUGGCCAUUACGAAACAUCUCAUCGCACAGCACCGGCUAUCCACUAUCGAACAAAGUCGCGCAUUUCUUCGAGGUUUCCAGCCAGCGUUGCUCACACGGCUCGAGACCCGACUGCAUCUCAAGCAUCCCGAUCACUACGCCGACGACCCAUACACCAUGGCAGAGAUUCAUGCGGCGGCUACUUUCAUUUUACACGGUACAUCGAGCACACCUACAACAGCGGCUAACCAAGCUACCGCUUCUACGUCGAACACUUCGACAACGGUGCCCCCCGGGAUGAUCAAAACCGAAGACAUCUCGAUGAUCAUCGAAAGCCUGUCAAGGACGAUCGCGACGCUCAUUCAGCCGACGACGCACGCUACGCACAACCACGCCCCCGCACCAAGACAACAAGCUGCCGUCCACGUCCAUGAGAACAGCGGAGCUGAACAGACAUGCCAUUACUGCGGCAAUCGUGGCUGCAGGGUAGGCACCUGCGAGUUCGCAGAGAUCGACAUUCGGGACGGCAAGUGCAAGCGUAACACCGAAGGCAAGAUCGUCCUUCCAAACGGAAGUUUCUGCCCCCGCACUAUCCCAGGUCUCACAAUACGAGAUCGAAUUUACGAGUGGCAUAGAAGAAAUCCCGCAGCACCCGCCGCUCCAACGAUGCUCUUCGAGAUCGACGAUCGCUCGACUGUGCAAACGUUCACGCUCAACACUAGCGGCAGGAUCGAGGCGCUCGAGCGAGAACUCCUUCAGCUUCGGAAGCGAAGGGAGGUCUUCGACGGCGUCGAGAUUCUACAGCGGAAGAAGCCUACGACGACAGCCGUCCCGAAGAGCGCGGAAGCCUCGGGAUCUGGUACAUCGAAAGGAGUGGCGGCGCCCUCGAGUACUUCGACAAGCACGGCCCCGCCUCCGACGAUACCAGCAGCAGCACCCACGGCGUCUUCCUCCUCGUCUACACAAUCCACGUCUCAUCCUAUUACUAAGUCCGCUCCCCCAGCACCACCAGUACACCCCUUCGCAAAUGCUCGCGACGCAACCUACGCCCCACCGAACGUUCGAAACUUCGCAACUCCGCCGAAGCCCUCGAACGACAAGGGCAAGGAACCAGCGUACAAGACCAUCGUCCCCGUUAUCCAGCCGAAGCUCGCCGAGGAAAUCUUCCAGCAUUCGAUGAAGUCGCAGUUCGUCACGCUGACCCCGGAAGAGUUGCUUUCGAUCGCGCCAGACGUUCGAACCAAGUACCGCGACGCCGUCACCCCUAAGCGAGUCUCGACGGAACCCGUCGCGUCGGCCCACAUCGAGCGCUCGACGGCGAGCGAUGUGAGCGCGCUCCUCGCGGAUGACGCGAAUGAUGCCCCGAGACUCAUCGUCGAGGUCGAGUGCGUCGAGAUCGUCCUGUUCGAGGCCCAGGCGGCUGGCCCCAUCGAGAGGCCGUCGGUCAUCCGACAACUCAGUGACCUCCUCAUCGACCCUCGCGCGCCCUUUCCCCUUGUCGACACCGGCAGGCGCGGGGUCAGAGAGAAGGCCUUCGGCGGCCGCGAUCCGCGCCAACUCCUCAUCGGCGGCCUCUUGCGCGCGACGUUCGUCUUCGAGGCGCCGUUCCUCUUCGUCCUUUCGACGCCGUUCGUCUUCGAGGCGACGGUCCUCGGCGGCCUUCGCACGCUUCGCGGCCUCUUCGAUGCGUCGUGCUUCCUCUUCGGCGAGGCACUUCUGCUCUUCGACGCGUCGUUCGACCUCGGCGUCGAUGGCGGUCGCGAGCUCGGGCCAGUCCCCGCGCGCCCACUCGACCCACGAUUCCGAUGCCCGCUCGGCGAGCUGCUUGACGGCGGCGGCGACGCGCAACUCCGUCUCCUCGUCGCGGAUGGCGCCCAAGGCCUUGCGAUAAGCGAGCUGUUCGAAAACAAACGCGGCGACAAAUCCUGUGCCCACUCUUCGACCAUAUCGAGCGCGGCGUCAGCGGUCGGUGGAGCCUCGAGGACCACGAGCAAGGAGGCGAGGCGGCGGUUGACGAGCGAGGGAGUCGACGCAGGGGUGGCAGAGCGAGCAGACAUCGUAGAAGCAGCGAGUAUGCGAGGAGGCGCGACGAGUUCGAUUUCGCCUUCGACGCUCUUCGACAUCUUCGACGGUGCGCGACGCUUACUCGAAGCCCGGCACGGUCGUCCCGAUGCCUCGCGCGUAGAUCCCGGGACAUCUUCCGCAUUCGGCGAACAAUAG